AUGCCAAGAAAGAGAGGCAGAGUGCUCUUCAUGGUGAUAUGCUUUGGUGUCACCUCAACUGUUCUUCUCAGCCCGAUGUGGACCAUAAAUCAACCUCCCCAACUUCUUCCGAGAAAGAAAAAAGAAAUUCUAUCGACAACCAAACCCAUUGUGGAAAGGAAUCCGUCGAGAAGAUUCAGGAAUAUCCCAUUGGAGUUGCUUCGCAUGUGCGAAAUUGGAAGCAAACAACCCGGGAUAUAUCCAUGCUACGACAACAUCCGAUUCAACAACCUCUAUUAUCAACACCUGCGCCUUAGGAAAGAAAACAUAGACAUUUAUCUCUAUUCCGCAUUCCAUGAUCAUCGAAAGGAGAAGAAAAUCCGUAUAUUUGGUAUGAUCAUAGGACCUGAAGAAUCCGUCCCAAUCCUUAAAUGCAAAUUUUAUCAAAGGAACCAGACCUAUGGGUUCCGCGAGGGGCACUAUACAGAACUUUACCAAAAUAUUCAGCAAAAUUGGCCAGUUCCAUUCACGCUGAGCUGUGAGCUGAUGGAAGGGGAACCCAUCCCCGACGCCGUCUCAGUGUUACCCUCAGAUUCCGAAGAAGUAUUCAACAUCCUGAAAGUGUUUCAACGAGACAGGAAUACCUUGAGUGAGGAGAGUCAUGCAGUGUCACUAUGCGUUAAGCAGUUGUACUUCGUGCAGGAUCUCUCCUACCUCCUUACAGAAUGGCUGGAGAUUCUGAAGUCGAUGGAAGUGGGGAAGGUGUUCGCUUAUGGCCUCCAACCUCAUCCGAACAUGGAGCGGGUGCUGGAGCACUACGAAGAUCAGGGAGGAUUCGUGGAUUACAUCCCAAUCACCCUUCCUGGAACUCAGCCCAACAUCCCUGGGCCAAAUGGUCAAUUUCUGCCCAGGAACGCAGACUUCCAUCGAGGAUUCUAUCACCUUCAACUCAAUGAUUGUCUUUAUAGAAGCCUGGUUCAGGGAUAUGAAUACGUUGCCGUCAUCGACGUCGACGAAAUGAUCGUCCCAGACGCGCCAUAUAUGACUUGGCCCAAAUUGAUGCAACACCUUGUCUCGGAGAACCCUAGAUACGAUUGCUAUUACUUUUUAACAAGGAUAAUUUUGAUGGAGGAAGGGGAAACUACCGGAUGGUUACAGGAUCAUGACGUAAAACUGCGGCACGUGAAUGCAGCAGAAUUCAAUGCACUUCCAAAUCGGGUGGGAAAGAGCAUCUGUGUGACCAACCAGCAAGAGACUAUGUCCAACCAUUACUCGGAAAUGUGUUUCCCUGGAUACCGCAUGUGCUACACGUACCAUACUCCUAGAAACUUCGGGGAACUGUAUCAUUACGGGAAAUGCUCCGUCCGGGACUGCGCCGGAUCGGGUGGGAAUGGCACCUGCGAUGGACAGAGCUGCGAAGUGGUUCGUAAGACUGCUCUUCUUGCGCACGGGGACUCCGUCCGGCAGGGUGUGCUUCACACCUUGCAACAACUUCAGCUCCUUCCUUUUUCUUGA